AUGGCAGACCAUGCAUUCGCACUCAGGAGGGAGUAUAUUAAAGGACUUCCCAAGAUCUCUUCGUCUUCAUCCAUCGCAGAUAUGAGAAUCACCGAAUCUCAAAAGUUAAAAGUCCUCGUGGCCGCAAAUGGAAGUAAAGAUGUUGCACAAGCUCUUGCACUCGUAGUGAGGCUAUCCAAGAAUCCAAAAAUCGAAACACGAGCGAUAAUUGACGAAGAAAUAUGGCCAUCAUAUCGAUUAUCUCAGGAGACGCUGGCGUACCAAAAUAAAAGGUUCUUGACCAGGGAGACAGAUGAGGCAAGGAAAGGUAUAGAACGAGAUCAAAUCGAAUAUUUCCGACAAGAAGCCUUCGAAUUGUGUGACUGGGCAGAUAUACUUGUACUAGCACCUAUUGAUGCCGACACGUUUGCGAAAAUGUUGCACGGCAUUACCGACUGUCUGUUGCUUGAAAUUCUCCGCGGGUGGGACGUUUCCAAGAAGAUAUUACUCGUUCCGGGAAUGACGACAUCAAUGUGGGAGAAUCCUAUCACGAAGAAACAAUUGAACAAAGUGCGGAGAAAGUGGCAAUGGGUUCGAGUUAUGCAACCGAUACUGUGGCAUUAUGAUGCGAAGGGUCCAGAGAAAUGUUUCGUGGGAUGGGAUGGAUUCAACGAACUUGUCGAUGUCAUCAAGAAUCAAGCGGAACUUUUGACUAUUGGCCAUGAUGUGGAUAUUGCUGCUUCCGGCGCGGCCAGUCUCGCAAGAUACAAUAUGAAGACAGAUGCGCUCCUUCCACCUGAGAUAUGGUCCCUCAUUUUCGAAUACGUGGGGGAUUGGGAGGUGUCGAGAGCGCUUAACGUGUAUGCCAAAAUUCCAAGACCAAUUGAAUGGCAGCCAAAGCCUGAUGAUGCGAAUGACGAAUUACAAACUUAUAUGCGGUCACUCGAACGGAUUAUUCUUACAUCUCCCGUCUACAAGAUCAUAGAUAAACUAAAUGCGGCGCCCGAAAACAUGCGAGAGCUCUCCCCAUUAUGUGUUAAGCUCAUAAUUAAGUUCUGUCUUACAGAAGUUCUCUCAUAUUUGGAAGCGAAAUUGAAGGAUGUAUUCUGGGCUACGUUUGGACAAAAACUCUUACCCACCAAGGCGUCUGCGGUUUAUGGACGCACCGAGAUUCUAGAAUGGUGGCGCACAUCUCCUUCUUUCCUCUCUAAGGACUAUACCGCAGAAGCAAUCGAUGGAGCUUCCAAAUCUGGAUACGUACAUGUUCUUGAUUGGUGGAGAAAGUCGGGACUUCCAUUAAAAUACACAGAACUGGCGCUUGAGCAAGCAUCCUCCAAAGGACAUAUGCUAGUUCUCGAGUGGUGGAAACAAGCAAGCCUUCCCCACAACGAAGUCGAAAGACGAACUCGGCAUGCAGAAGCUACAUCGAGCAACUCUGAUGUCUUCCCAGCUCUACAACUCAAGCCUGGUAAAGCACUACUGGCCGCUGCGCAAAACAAUAAACCUCUCGUCCUUCGCUGGUGGGACAAUUCCGGUAUUCCCAUCGCCCAUUCUGAGUCCGUAGCUAAAGUCGCGUCGGCCCAUGGGCAUGUUGCAUGUUUAGAUACAUGGCGCGAACUGAAGGGCGAAAAACUCACAUUUGACAGCCAGGUGUUGGUAGGUCCUACUAAAAAUGGACAUGUAGAGGUAUUGGAAUGGUGGGCAAAUUUCAGUCAUGGAUCUAAUGGAAGACCUGGUGGAAGAGUCGAAUAUAAGACCUGUGAUAUUGAAGAGGCACUUGAAGAUAGCGUGAGUAAAGAGGGCGAGGAAUUGGAGGUUAGAAGAUGGUGGGCGAAGAUGGGAUUGAAUUUGGGCGGCUCGGUUAGCGAGUGGACGAGAGUUAAGGUCUUAUAG